CAACCUAAUGAGUCAUUCUUGUCACCAGCAUGUCUCCACACAAUGGAUGGCAAUUUCUCAGCCAAGCGAUUGGACGGGUCAGGAUCAGCUGAUCCACACCUAUUUCAGAGCUGGUAUUUUAUUUCUGAGGCCAAGGUAGACCAAUUCAAGGAUGAUGUUCAGUGUCGAACUAGUGAAUCCUCCAUGGUAGAAUCAAUGAUAUCGAGCACUUGCACAGAGAACUGGACUGCAGCCAAGGCUGUGGACAAUGAUAAAAUUACUGUGUUUGACCAGACAGGGAUUUUUCUUCUAGCAUGUCAUCAUGGGCUCAUCGAAAGUGUAACUGAAAUGAAACGCAGCGGUGAACUACUGCUUGAUGUCUGCGGCAUGGAUCAGGCUAUUGGACACAAUAUUGCAUGCUCAUCUCAUAAAACAAUUGCAACAAGCUCUAUCGGAGUCAAGGCAGCUGGACUAAAUCUACAGGUUGUUCUUCAGAAUCACCCUUUGUAUCUCAACGGUCUAGGACUUGAAGACCUUGAGACUUGCGAAUGCAUCUUCACUAGUUCAAACAGUGCUGCAAUUUUGAUCCAACAUGCAUCAUACUUCCAUUGGAUGCAGUUCCUUGACCUCCACUUCGAUCAAUGGGACAUGGACCAGUACUCAGACCUCACUCUUCAGAUCAUCAAGACCAACACACCCGUCCUCAAGGAAUUCAAGCAGCUCCAUGAUCUUAUGGAUGCGGACUUUGUAAACUGGCGAAAUGAGGAGUUUGAGUAUCUCAGCAAUGUUGCUAUGGAACCUACUUUGGAUGUAAUUGCAGUGGCUUACAUCAAACAGCUUGAGAAGCUUCAAUAUGUGGAAGAAACAUAUGGCUGUCUUACUUCCGUGCCCUUUCUGAUGUACACUCCUGCAAAUUUCACUCGCACAUCUGGCCUCAAUGCCACCGCUCGCAACAAUUCCAGAGCA